CUGUUUUCAUUCAGCAAUGAGGGCAGCUGUUUAGGUAGCUCGGAUGAAGAUACGCCUUGGAAGUUCAUGAUCCAUCUGCAUGGCGUGGAUGGGCUGCCGCCUGCUACAGUACCCAAAAGUCCAUCGACUUCGACUCCCGUUGGUUUGGAACCGUUCGUCAGCAUAAAGACUGAGACCGAAGCCAAAUCAAGAUUACCCGCCAAAUUAGCCACCUCUCAGGUGAAGUUAGGUGGGAAACCGUAUGCUCUGUGGGACUCUCUACUGACACUUACUGUCCCAGAUGGCCAG